UUGAUCACCUGAGAAAAAUGGCGAAUUAAAUUAUCAACAAGUUGUUAAAUAUAAAAGAAUGAUAAUAAUAAGAACACUGUGAUCGUCUGAAGAAUUUAUAAGACGACAUAAGUAGAAUAAGUGUCAAAAUGUUCACCCGACAGAAGAACUGGAUUUCGGGAGCAAUAUGGAAACCCAAGAACCCCCAUUCUUUAGAACAUUUAAAGUUUUUAUAUGGUAUGUUGGGUAAAAAUCAAACAGUAACAGAACAGAAUCGUAGUUUGUUAGUUGAAACAUUGAGAUCAAUUUCAGAAAUACUCAUAUGGGGUGAUCAAAAUGAUAGCAGUGUAUUUGAUUUCUUUCUGGAGAAGAAUAUGCUGUCUUUUUUCCUACGAUACAUUCGACAGAAGUAUGGACGUUACAUUUGUGUGCAGCUGCUUCAAACUUUGAAUAUUUUGUUUGAAAAUAUACGAAAUGAAACAUCUUUAUAUUAUUUAUUGUCAAAUAACCACAUCAACUCUAUUAUUGUACAUAAAUUUGAUUUUUCGGAUGAAGAGGUUAUGGCAUAUUAUAUAUCAUUUCUCAAGACAUUAUCAUUAAAAUUAAACAGGCAUACUAUUCAUUUUUUCUACAAUGAGCACACUAAUGAUUUUGCAUUGUAUACAGAAGCAAUUAAAUUUUUCAACCACUCUGAGAGUAUGGUGAGAAUAGCUGUACGAACAAUAACAUUAAAUGUGUACAAAGGUGUUUCAAAUCAAUCAAAUUCAUCAGUUGAUGAUAAAGCAAUGUUAAGAUAUAUAAGAGAUCGUACUGCAGCACCAUAUUUCUCUAACUUAGUAUGGUUUAUUGGUAAUCAUAUAUUAACUGUUGAUCUCUGUGUAAGACAUGACUCGGAUCAUAGAAGUCGAGAUCGUUUAUCAGCUCUAGUAGCCGAACAUCUAGAUCAUCUACAUUAUCUUAAUGAUAUAUUAAAUAUUAAUAUCGAUGCUUUAAAUGAAGUUAUAACAGAUCAUUUAUUAAAUCGUUUGUUAAUACCACUUUAUGUUUACUCAUUGACGAAGAGAAAAAGACUCUCAGCUGCAGAAGCACGGGGUGAGAGGAAACAUGUGAGUUCAGUAGUGUCAUUAUUUCUACUAUCUCAGGUAUGGUUGAUAAUACAAUAUCCAUCACUAGUACAGCCAUUAGCAGAAGUUAUAUUUCAAGGUGAAAUAGAAUUAUCAUCGGAAACUGAUAUAGCUACCGGUACUAGUAGUACCGAUUCUCCAAAAUUGAAGGUGAGAGAAUUUAAAGAGCCAGCAGAGUCAUUAGAGAAGACAUUGGCUAAUACACACCGUACUUAUACAGAGAACCAAAUAAAAACACCACCACCAGCUGCAGAAGGCAAUUCACAAUUUUUUGUAGAAAGACAAGAAAGUGCUACAUCACAAGAUCAAACAGAAGAAGUAACAAGUCCUAUUAGUGAAGCAGCAUCUGCGGAUAAUGAUGAUAUAUCUAGUCCAAACCAGAACUCAACAGACGAAGAAAAACUUUCACAUCGAAUGACCUACAUACCUGAACCCGUUGAUCCCCCGCCCAGAUUUUCGUUGGAAAAUAGGCCUUAUCUUGAAGCAAUAUUUAAUAAUUUAGAAUGUAGUGAAAAUGACUAUGCAGCCCUGUUUGCUCUUUGUCUACUAUAUGCUAUAACACAAAGUGAAGGUGUUUCUCAAGAUGUUUUAGAUAAAGUUAUGAUGCCAACAGACAAAUCAAAUGAUAAAACAUACUAUAAUAUUGCUCUAGUAGAACGAUUACUACGAAUUAUUACAAUAGCUGCGCAAUCCAGUACUAAAGUAAGAUUAGCCACAUUAGAAGUUAGUAUCAAACUAUUCAAACAACUAGUCUAUAAAGAUGGCAAAUCCUACCUACAAGAUCGACAUCUAGCCAGUCUAGAAAAUGCCAAGGAAUGCAGUACACAACGACUUAGAAAUUUUUACAAGAGUGAAGAAAUAUUUUUAGACAUGUUUGAAGAUGAAUAUAGAGAUAUGAAGAAUAGUCCAUUGAACGUGGAAUAUCUAAUGAUGGAUGCCUCUAUAUUAUUAUCACCAACUGGUACACCACUAACUGGAAUUGAUUUUAAUAAACGAUUGCCGUGUGGAGAAGUAGAAAGAGCCAGACGGGCAAUUCGUGUGUUUUUCUUGUUGAGAGAUUUAUCUUUUACUUUGUUAAAUGAAUCUGAUGUAUCUUUACCUUUAACUAAAGAUGAAGCAUGUGUCAAGAUAAAUGAUGUUUUAGAUUUAAAUAAUAGUGAUUUAAUAGCUUGUACUAUAUUACUCAAAGACAGUCGAAGACAAGAAAGAAGAUUUUUGGUAAUAGAUCCUCUUCAGUUAAUACUUGUAGAACCAGAUACAAAACGAUUAGGUUGGGGUGUUGUUAGAUUUGUCGGAUUUCUUCAGGAUAUAGAAGUUACAGGUGAUAAAGAUGAUAGUCGAUCACUACAGAUUGUUGUCCAUAAACCAUCUACAUCUAAAACAAUACAUUCACGAUCAUUAUCUCUCCUCACUGGACGAUUUAUAUUUGAUGAUCAUAUACGAUGUAUGGCUGCCAAACAACGACUAAUUAAAGGACGAAUACGAGCAAGACAGCAGAAGAUGUCUACUAUAGAACGUCUGUUAGAUAUAUCUAGUCAAGGUGAUGGUGGUUCGGGAUCUUAUAGUAGAUCAGGUCCAAUACCAGGGCGAAGUCAUCCUGUUAGGGUAACAAGUGAGGUUCAAACAUCAGCUAGUAAAGACGCAUCUGCCCCAGCGGCAUCUAAAUCCGCUCAACAAUGUCAGCCAGUGGCAGAGAAGAAAAAAAAGGAAUCCAAAACCAAGCAAAGAUCAAAAGAGUUGAAUACAGAGAAAGUUCAUAGUUCAAUGGGGGAUUCUAUAGAAGUAGCACAAGAAGCAACUUCAGCAUUCGCAGUGCAGACUUUGAAUCAUGAUAGUAUCAAAACAUCAAGUUUUAACAGACACAGUCCCAAAUUGUCUGCUGCUAUCAAACCAGAUGUACAAGAAAUUCCUAUGGAAGAUCUAUCAGGCAAUUCUAAACAUAGAAGUGGUUCCCUUGACAGACCAUCUCUACGUCUACAAACAAACAUCCAUAAACAGUAUACCCGUAGUCACUCCCACAGUCCCAGACGUCAUAAGAGUGACUCUGAUCCUACCCCAUUAAAACAGCACGAUCCUAGGCAACCAUCGACACAGACGAAAAAGAAUCAGAAAAAAGCUCAGACCAGUUUGAUUAUUAAUCGUCCUCACAGUCACAGUAGUCCUAUACCGAUGACAUCUGCUAGGGCAAAAAGUCAUUCCUCAUCAGAAGAUAGUCUGGAUUCACACAAAAGUUCCAGAGGUUUCCUGAGUCAGUCACCAAAGUCAUUGCGACCAGCAGACGCACCAACUCUGUCAUUAGUUUCACAACCAGAAAUGGAAGUAAUUGUACCAUCUGGGACUAUUUUAUCCCCGAAGCUCAUUCCACCAGCAGAUGAGGAAAGGAUCCGAUCAUUCAGUGAUGUAUCGACUGGUAGCAGUGAUUCAGCUUCUUCAAGUCAUGUAAAUGUUUCCACACAGGAUAUGAAAGAACAACCUGUUAAAAAAGGUAAAGGGAAGAAAAAAUCGGUAGCAGCAGCUGACAGUGAUAAAGAACAAAAUCCAUCACAAGAAUUAACUUUAUUAGCUCAAAUGGUACAAGAGCAUUAUAAAUUUCCUGAUACACCUGAAGAUGAAAAACUCCCAUUUCCUAAUCAGCAGGAUAUAUGAUUACAAUAAAUAUAAGUUUGUGUUGAAUCAAAUAAUCAAUUAUAACAGUUCUUUAUAGUAAAUUGUGAUAUUUCUUCCGGACCUACAUAUUUCUUUAUGAGUAGGCCAAGAGAAAAAAGAUGUUUCUCAAACAUAGAUUACAAGUUGAGUGGUCUAGGUACCGAGAUUCAACUAGUCUUCGUAAAAUGGCAUUUUAUGGCAUAAUAUUACAUGUUAUUAGACAUGUUCUCUUUGAAAUUUGCCAUGGGGAAAUCCUUUCAUUUUGGUAUCUUAAUAGUUAAAUGCUAUUUUGAUUUAUUUCUCCAGGCUUUUUUCAAGAAUACAGAAAUGUGUUCCUCUAAAUUGAACAAAAAAUGUGCAAUUUGUUUUAAUCAAGUGAUAUAUAAUAAUUCACAUAAUGAGAGAAUAAUUGAUUUUGGUAGAUUACCUUUUAUUUUAUCAAUAAAUUUGUAUAUAAUAGUUGAAGACUUGGAGCUGCAUAUUCAGUUUUACCAGAACCGAAUUCUGGAAGCAGACAAAAUGGAUUAGUACUUGGUGGUACUGCAAUAGUUAUUAUAUGGAUUAGUUCAUUGAUGGAACUGAAAUAGUUAUCAUAUGGAUUAGUCCAUUGAUGGUACUGCAAUAGUUAUUAUAUGGAUUAGUCCAUUGAUGGUACUGCAAUAGUUAUCAUAUCGAUUAGUACAUUGAUGGUACUGCAAUGGUUAUUAUAUGGAUUAGUCCAAUGGUGAAACUGCAAUAGUUAUCAUAUGGAUUAGUCCAUUGAUGGUACUGCAAUAGUUAUUAUAUGGAUUAGUAUUAUAUGGAUUAGACCAAUGGUGGAACUUCAAUAGCUAUUAUAUGGAUUAGUCCAUUGAUGGUACUGCAAUAGUUAUUUUAUGGAUUAGUCCAAUGGUGGAACUGCAAUAGUUAUCAAAUGACUUAUUCUGUUGGUGGUACUGCAAUAGUUAUCAUAUGACUUAUUCUGUUGGUGGUACUGCAAUAGUUAUCAUAUGACUUAUUCUGUUGGUGGUACUGCAAUAGUUAUCAUAUGGAGAAACUGUGCACCCGACCUGAAUUAUAGGCACAUGUCUUUAGAUUAGUGUUAAAUUUCUUAUUGCGUAUAUAAGUCAUAUAUCACAUAGGUAGUUUGAUUAUAAUUUGUUAAUUUGAGACAAAGUUAAUUAUAAUUUAAACAGUAAUCUUAUAGUGUACAGUAAAUGUAUAGUCUUUUGAUUGUAUUCCAGCAAAUGUCAAUACUUAAAGAAUAUGACUGACUUGUCAAAAUGCCUCUGACUGUCUCAUUAAUUCUGAAUAAGAAAUAUUAGUUAUACUGUAAAUAUUAUUUAUUAAAAUGUCAUAAGUAGGUCAAUAUAUAUGUAAUGUACAGUGGGGAAAAGAGAAUAUUGAUCAGGCAAAAUUUUCAUGGUUAAGCUAUGUUAAUUGUGUUAUUAUUGUAAUUUUUAAUGUAUGUAAAUAUAUUUUAAGAUAAAAAGGUUAUUAUAUUAUUGUAUUUAUUGUAAAUAUAUAUGUAGUAUAUAUUGGUAGAAUUUAAUAUAAGAUGGUAUUCAAAUUAUAAAAUAGGUCAAUUAUUUUAUAGGAUUGUAAAUUUUAUGUAUUAUGGAAUAUUUAUUUCUAACAUUAUUGUAACAUAUGUAAAGACUUUUACUGGAACAAAAUUUAGGGAAUUAAAGUCUAGUAAAACUGAUUUUAGAUUAAAAAAAAAAAAAACACAAAUUUUAUUCCAUCCAGAAUGUUAGAUUUCAAAUCUGUUAUGGACAUAUAAAAAUUUAAACUGUGCAAACUCAAUGAUUACUGAUUAUAACUUGGAACAUGUGUAUAUCUAUAUUAUAUCCUAUUCCUACUUAUAGCAAACUUUUAUAACAUUAUAUUAGGAAGAUUCAAUUCUCCAUGAUUUCAGUCUUUAUGCUGUUUCCUAUUAACAAUUUAAAAUUCAUUUGUGUUAAGAUAUAAAAGUGAGAUAUACUGUUACAGACUGGUAUAUCGUACCAAAUUGAACAAUCUGGUAAUAUAUAGUAUAAGUAUUUAUGUCAUUUCAAGGAUAUAGAUAGAUGAAGCACAAUGAUUAGAUAUUAUUAGUAAAUAAUAUUAUAACAUCUAUUUGUAUGUCACAAAUAAGUUAAUAAACACAAUUAAACUUCA